CUAAACUUAAGACAUUUUUAACAAAAGGUUACAUUACAUCCAUCGAAUUUGAUAGUAAAUCCUUAAUCGUUUACUUAAUGUGCAUGCAAAUUUGGGCGUAAUAGUAAGAAGGAUAUGGGCCUGACGUUUGGUACUAUUGAAUAAAGGCCCAUAUAAAGCCCAAUAAUUUGCUUUUCUGAGAAGACGGAGACAAAGGAGUCGCUCUGGUCUUUCAUUAUCGCGAAUCUGAGAUUUCGGAAGAUUCGAUCGAUUUGGGGGUUUUAGGGUUUAAUCUCAACUGCUAAUCAAUGGCGCCACCUCCAGGACUUUACUCCGGUACCAGCACUCUUGCUCUGGUUGCUCGUGCUUCGGCUUUCGGGUUGGGUCUCAUCUACGGCAACAUCAAGCUCAAGGCUUUAAAGCAAAUUCGAAUGUUUAUGGCUUUUGAAUUAUGAUAUUCUCGAUCGAAUCAUGUGUGCCGUGACUAUUAGUAUGCUACUUUGCUCCUUUUGGUUUGGUCAUCUAUACACAAGUAACAUGAUUCUUUGACCCCAAUGUUUCUGCCUGAGUUCUGAUCUCCUAUUCCACUGAAUGAUCAUAGUUUUGACUUGAUGUUUAGUAGAAGAGUUUGUCAAUGAUUUGCAACUUGAUCACUGAAAUGUAAUUUCUUGCCUUUGUAAAGCAUAAGUUUGCGAUGUUGUGUCUGGUUUCCAAACCCUAAGAAAAUCGGUAUGAAAGUAGAGCCUAUGUUGCUUCCUUUAGAGCAUCCCAAUCCUUAUUCAUUCAGAUUGUGGAAUCUAAUUUUCUACUAUGAUGUGAUUUGCUAAUAAGUUAUGAUGAUACCAACAAAUGCUUCUUCUUCAUAUGCAGAUAAAGAAGAAUUCGCAGAUUAAGGCCGAAGCAAAGGCUCAUCACUAAACCAACUCUUCUUCUCCUUCUCAAUAAGAUUAUGAAGCCAAGUGAUUGUUAUCUCUAAAUGUAGUUCUUUUCCUCCUUAAGCUAUAUCUCCCUCGGUGACAUUUUUUCCAUCUUUCUGUUUUUUUAAUCAAAAUCUUCUGUCUGACAAAGCAAUCGUAUACCCGUUUUGGUUUAAACCUGAGUUCUUCUUUGGUACUUUCCUGCUAUUCAAUAAACACCAUAUUUUUAUCAUCUUAACCAGAUAAAUAAUUUAUAAAAAAAAAAAAAAAAAAAAAAGAAUUUUUUUUGUUUUCAAUUAAAAUAAAUAAAUAUCCGCCGUGGCGCAGAGUUAAAAGUAAGCAGUUGGCUAUUCAGGACGACCAAUGUGGUCACUGCUUGGUGGCAAGAACAAGUUGUGUUCGAGCUAUACAAGGUCGUGGCUUCGAACAUUGGUCACACUCACACAUUCGCUGUCUCUCUUUCUCACGUAAUAGAGGCAUUCUUAAAUGCCUUUUUCUGUUCUCUUUCAUUCUCUACAAUUUAUUAAGUUAUUUGAACUUAUUGUAGAAACCUAAAUGUUUGCACCCAAAAUUAAAGGUUACAAGAUGAGUAUCUUCUUUGAGAUUUUGAGAAGAGUUUCUCUAUAUGGCGUUCUAUGUCUAGUUUGAAUAAUCAAAUCAUCAUUUAUAU